AUGCGGUACGCAUUUGUAUUGACUGCUUUCCUUUCUCUUUGCCUCCCCGUCGCGAUUGCGGCCGACCCUCGUUACUGUGAAGGAAAGACGACGCUCAACGACAAAGACUUCACCCUCAAGGAGUCUGCAGAUAAUGUUCACUUGCCUGUGCUCGCGAAAUACUUCAAGUCAAAAGGCAAGAAUGUGAGCGUUACCGCGGUUCUCGAAUCUGCAAACCGUGCGUUGAGCAAAGGCUCGCCAUCGGUUGGUAAUGGGUCUCCCGUCGAAGCAUGGGCUUGGAACUCAGGUGACGACAACACAAAGGAUUGGGUUCCACAAGGAAUCACCAGCUCCGCCGAUGCUUUUGGCAAAGGAACCUGGAAUGACCACAAUGUAUGGAUUGUCAGUUGGUAUCGCGAUAAGGAUAGCGUGCGGCUAAGUUUCGUCGAUCGCAAAACACACAAGUAUCGCCAUGUGAUGCUCGUGUACCCUACUGCCGACGAUGACUUCAUAUCCAUUGCCAUUCAUGCGGGUGGCAUCAUGUGGUAUGGAAAUGUGCUCUAUGUUGUCGACACAAAGGUUGGCAUCCGUGCCUUUGACCUGGACAAUAUUUGGGAGAUUGAGAUUGCGGAUGGCGUGGGAAAAACAAAGGACGGUAAAGGUUAUUCUGCGGACGGCUACCUAUAUGUUCUUCCUCAAAUCCGCUACUACAAGUGGACUGCCGGAGACGCUUCCCCCUUCCGCUUCUCUUGGGUUUCUUUAGACCGUAGCGACUCGCCCGACACGUUGAUGGUCGGUGAGUUUGUGCGUCAAGGAGAAAAAUUUCCGAACACCAAAACCCCGGUCCCUAUCCGCUAUGUCAAAUAUGAUCUAGAUGCUACGACCCGCCGGCUACACACCGACGACAAAGGCAUUGCUACUGCAAGCUGGGCCCAUUGUGUCAAUAUUGUUAACGUUCAAGGUGCGUUUUCAUACGAAAAGACAUUUUAUAUCUCGCGCAGUACCGGUAAAGCCCCCAAAUCAGGCGAUCUCUUUACUUGGGAACAAGGCAAAACGGCGAAAGAGCACAAGGGUUGGUUCAUGGCGGGAAAUGAGGACUUGAGCUUCAAUCCUGUUCGGAAGGAAUAUUAUACGGUCACCGAGUAUGAUAGUGAUCGUUAUAUCCUGGCCUAUAAGGUCUAG